AUGGUUAACGCUAGUUUGAUUUCCCUAUUGGUAUUCUGUUUGUGCCUCGAAAUAAGUUUUGCCAUGCCGUCUUACGAUGAUGAUAGAUUCAGCCAAGAUAGAGAACAAUACAUCAGGCAGUUUGCGGCUUGGCUGGCCAACCAACCGGAGGCAUCUCUGAACGACAUCAUGACAAUGCCACUAUGCAGACCCUGUUUGUAUUCCACUCACCCCAUGGAGAGUUUCAACGUUGCCCACAAUCCCUACGUGAAACGGAACUCGGAAUUGAUAAAUUCUUUACUGAGUCUACCGAAAAACAUGAACGAUGUUGGAAAGUAAAUUGCCGUGUGAUCUAUGUAACGUGGUUCUCCGGUCUAUUAUCAACACCAUCGGAUUAUGUUUUAUAUGCAUAACGGAACACUCCAGUCGCCAACAACAAAAAAUUGAAAGUCACUGUCAAUUUUUGGUUCACCAGUUCUGCUGCGAUGUCACGAACAGAAUGAUGUAAAACAAAUCCAUAUUGA